AUGCCUCGCGUCAAAGUAGUUUGGAACGAUACAAAACUCGUAGUUCCUAUCCAAUCCUCUUCCCCUGCUCCUACAAUUAAUAAAGUUCUACAAGACAUCUCUGCUAGAUUCCGCAAAUAUGCAAAGGAUUUAGAUGAUGAUAAUUAUUUCAUCGAAUUGAGGACAUCUGACGGGUUUUUGUUAGAUAAAAACGAUCCUGCAACGGAUGUAAUUGGAGAUGGGGAGACAAUUAUUCCGGUGGAUUAUAAAACAUGGUUUGUAACGUUUAAGGAAGAGAGUAGCUUGGAAAAUUGGCUUCAGGUCACGAGAUCAGACUUUGUUGAUGAUAAGCCCAAAUGGAUUCAAGUGGGACACGCCCCCAAAACGAAUCAGAUAUACAUUGAAUUUGGCGAAGGUCUCUAUGGCGCAACAAAAACCAACAAGUUCCAUGUCUUUGACGAAGAAACCAUAAAAUCACUUUCAUCCACGUCCAAAGAACUAAUAGACUCCAUCAAAGGCAACAUAAACGAAGAUCAAUGGCACGCUUCCGCACACUUUAUAACCUCUUCGACCGGCCGUCGCGCUAUCGAAUUGAUUAUAAAGUCCAUGUCCGACCCCCAACCUCAGGUGGAAGUUAUCGAAUUUGGAAUUGGCCCGGAUGGCAAGUUUGAAGUGAACAAGAGCACGGUAAUACAAGAAGCAAUUUUACCCCCGGUUGAUACGCAUUAUAAGUUACCGAAGAAGGUCAGAAAGGGUCCAGUAUUAAAGGAAGAUGGAUAUCCUAUACCUGUGGAUCCGACCAAAGAAAUGAUCGAGUCAACAGACGAAUCGCCAAUACACUUGCAACAAAUAGGCAAAGUUUUCGCAGAACAAUCAUGGAACUACUCUGGCGCCUGGCAAAUAUUAACAACAGAUUUCCGUAUUACUAAUAAUUCCCAAUCGCCCUUGUCGAUUGUUCAGAUUGAAUCAGAAAUUCUCAGUAAAUCCGGGGAAUGGCAACAGGCACUAACUUAUUCUGGAAGUAAAAAGUCCGAGUUUUAUUACGAGACCAACAAUGAAGCGGAUGCUAUUAUUCGACUAGAAGCACAAAGUGUGACCAAAUUGGCCAUUAAAGCGAAAUAUGGCUUGGAUUACACAAAGUACAAGUCGCUGACAGGUGGGCCGAGGAGGGUUCACAGUUCAUUACCGAACCCUUGUUCGAUUCGAUAUACUGUAAGGGAUCAAGAAGGGAAGAAAUCCAGUAUCGUAGUACAGGCCUUCAACACGGCUUCAUUUCCCACACAAAAGUCCUAUGAAGCCGACAGAAAAGUCAAGCUCUUUUAUUGGAUCCAAUGUGAUGAUGUGGAAUCCGAAGAAAGGAUGUAUAUCCCAAUUGAGCAUAAACCUGGGUGGACUAAUCAAAAUGUUCUCGAAAUUUGGAUCAAGGAGGCUUCCAGGAAACCGUUCAUCGAUGCAGAUAUUUUGAAGAAAUGGGCGUGGUUGGCUAGUAGAGAGGGAGGAGGGAAUGAACAAUUCGAACUAAAGGAUUGGAAUUGGGAAGAUAGUUCUGGAACGUAUGCAAUUAAGUUUUUUGCUUUGUUUAGUAAAAAGGAUAGGAAAGUUUAUGGUAUGAAAGUAACACUGAGGACUAAAACGGGAUUUGUUGAAGAUAGCUUUUUGUUUCCCACGGACAUUUAUUGA